AUGGCUGGAGUGAAACGCCGUGUCGAUACGGCUGAAGACCGCAAUGGAAAGCGGAGCAAGAUCAAGCAGGGCUCCGCAUCAAAGUCCAAGCCCACUGCACCAGUGAAAAAGACCAGCUCUAAGAAGGAUGUUAAGUCUAAGAAGGACGACAAGAAGAAGACCUUGAAGAAGAAGGUUCAGGAGGAAUCCGAGGAUGAGGACGAGGACGACUUCGAUAUCGACGAUGUUUCCGAUUCUGGCGACGACGACCUCGAUGCUCUUGAUGAGUCUCCGGAGGACGAUGUUGAUAUGGAGGAUACGAACGAGAAAGAGGAAGCCGAGAGUGAGGAGGAUAAGAGUGUCGAGAAGGACGACAAACACCAGAAGGUUGCCGACGAGGCGAAAAGCAAUGCGUCUCGCGAGUCCCACGCAAAGCAAAAGGCCCUCCAACAGGAGCGCAAGGCCGCUAAGCCCAAUGCCGACCAGAUCGCACGCUCGAAAAAGCUCUGGGAACAGCUGCGCCGCAAGUCCCACGUCAAACUCGAGGACCGAAAGAAGCUCAUCAAGGAGCUAUUCGAGAUCGUCACCGGUCGUGUCCGGGAUUUCGUUUUCAAGCACGACUCUGUUCGAGUCAUCCAGACUGCUCUAAAGUACGGCAAUCUCGAGCAGCGUAAGCAGAUUGCGCAGGAGUUGAAAGGAAGCUACAAGGAGCUGGCACAAAGCCGCUACGCUAAGUUCUUGGUCGGCAAGCUGAUUGUGCACGGUGACUCGGAGACCCGUGAUAUGAUCAUUCCCGAGUUCUACGGCCACGUCAAGCGUCUUAUUCGUCACCCCGAGGGAUCGUGGAUUCUCGAUGAUAUCUACCGUACUGUUGCGACCAAGGCUCAAAAGACCCGCUUGCUGCGCGAGUGGUAUGGCGCCGAGUUCGUCAUCUUCCAGGAUGACAAGGAGCCCACAGCCGACCUGCCUAAGAUCCUAGAGGCUCACCCGGAGAAGCGCGCCCCUAUCAUGCACUACCUGCACGAGCUCAUCAACCAGUUGGUUCAGAAGAAGAGCACUGGUUUCACUAUGCUUCACGACGCCAUGUUGCAAUACUUCCUCGCUACCAAACCCGGCAGCACGGAAGCGAACGAGUUCAUCGAGCUGCUCAAGGGCGAUGAGGAGGGCGAUCUGGUCAAGAAUUUGGCCUUCACUCAGUCGGGCUCGCGCCUGAUGUCCCUGACCUUGGCCUACGCCAAUGCCAAGGACCGCAAGCUGCUUUUGCGAUUCUACAGAGAUACCGUCAAGGCGAUGGCCGGUGAUUUGAACGGCCACGUGGUUCUUCUCGCGGCCUACGAAGUCAUUGACGACACCAAGUUGAGCGCCAAGUCUAUCUUCUCCGAGCUGUUGAACCAGAAUGACCCGGAGGAGGCCCGGAAUGAGGAGUUGUGCUACCAGGUCAACGACCUGACCGCCCGUGUCCCUGUGCUAUACCCCUUCGCUGGCGACCGUGUCAAGUGGCUUCUGCCCGAUGCGGACCAGGAGGUGCUCAAGGAGGUUCGGGAGAUCCGCAAGGAAACCUCCAAGAAGGAGCCCGCUACCCGUCGUCUGGAGUUGGUCAAGGCGGCCUCCCCAACCCUGCUUGCCUUCAUCGCUGCCCGCGCAGAGACCCUUCUGGAGACUACAUUCGGGUGCCAGUUCAUCGGUGAGGUGUUGUUCGAGGCGGACGGCGACAAGACCGCCGCCCUGUCUGGCGUGGCCCAGGCCGCCAAGACUAAGUCUGAGACACGCGACUCUGCUUCCGUCGGACGCCUACUCAAGUCGCUCGUUCAGGGCGGCCGCUUCAACCCCGCCACGAAGAGCGUGGAGAAGGUGGAGCCGGCGCUGAACUUCCACGAGCUCCUUUACGAGCAGAUCAGCGAUGAGGUGAUGGAGUGGGCUACGGGCGCCAACCCUUUCGUGAUUGUUGCGCUGACCGAGUCUGACGAUUUCUCAAAGAAGGAUGAGCUGCUGAAGACACUCAAGAAGAACAAGAAGGCCCUGGAGAAGGCGUCGGUGCCCGGCAAAGACGAGAAGAAGCCUGGGCCGACGAGCAGUGGAGCGAAGAUCCUGCUGCAGAAGGUAUAA